CCCAUCACUAUUCUGAAGCACCGCAUGCCCGCAUACCAGCAAAGCUCUCUCUCUUUCUCUCUCUCUCUCUCUCUCUGUAUAUCUCUUUUCCCUUUUCUGCUUGCAUUUCUCAAUCUAUUUUAUGUUUUUUUUUGCUCUGUAUAUCAAGGCCAAUUUCGCCAGCUUUGCUCCGCUCUCCCAUGGUGUCUUUGUGUGUUUGCAGAUAUCUUUCAUUUUUUUCUGUAUUGAUUUCUCCUUGUUCUUGAGUUUAUCGAGCUUGGAGGUUUUUCCUUUUGUUACUAAUUUGCGAAAUUGCUUACCUGUAAUGUUUAUGGCUGGACGAGCAUUGAAUUGCGGUUAGUUACUGAAUCUAACAAAGUGGUUUCACUCUAAGAAUUGCGAAUUUGUUAUGGGACUGACUGUAUCAUAAGCAAUGUGAUGUUAUCGGAAAUGCAUUUCAGUGUUCUAUACGUACUUUCUGCAUUUACGAGGCAAACAUAUUGUUCUCAACUUAGGGAAGGAUGUGCAAAAUCACCUCUCAUGACUUCUUUUAAGAUCAGCUCUGUCACAAUUUCUUCUGGUUUGUUAUUCAAUUCAAUGAGCAUCCUCAGUAUCCUUAACUUUAUAGCAUUUUGUCUGCUUUGUCUAAUAUGAGGGAAGUGCUUAUUUAACUCAUAAGAUUCUGAUUUCAUUCUAUUUCUGGUGGGGCAGGGAAGUGACUUGCAUGGAAUGCUGUAUCUUUGAUAUGAAGAUUGGGCAGGUCAAUGCAGAUAGUUGAUGUGCUUGCAUUUUACUAAAAUGAAGAAUAGACAGGAUUCACAAAAAGCACCGAAGAAACUGCCAUCAAGACAAACUUCUCAUGACUCUCAAAAUGAUCAACAAAAUAAUACAACAGAGACUCCUGUAGCAGAUGCAGGAUCAGUUUCUGCAUCGGGCAAUGGGAACAGGAAGAUUUCACGUGAAGAUAUUGAGCUAGUACAGAACUUGAUCGAGAGGUGUUUGCAGUUGUAUAUGAAUAGAGAUGAAGUAGUUAAAACACUUUUGAAUCGUGCAAAGAUAGCUCCUGCAUUUACAACCCUAGUGUGGCGAAAGUUGGAAGAACAAAAUGCUGAUUUUUUUCGAUCCUACUACAUAAGAUUGAAGCUGAAGAAACAAAUCCUGUUGUUCAAUCAGUUGCUCGAGCAACAGUAUGUCCUAACGAAACAUAACCACAUAGUUCCGCUGGCUCCUUUGCAGAAUAGAAUUAAUUGCAUGCCAGUCAACAAUUUACCCAUGGGAUAUCCAGUCCUGCAGCAGCCUCCAAUUCCAGCUGCAGGUCAUCUUCAUCUUGAUUCAAUGACCAUUUCUAGCUUCCAUGUGGUCAAUGGGGUGCCUGCACCGUGCAACUACUAUCCAGUGCAGAUGAAUUCUGGAAACGAUAUGGUGAUAGAAACCAGUGCAUCAGAUAUGGCAGUAGCUGUUCCACAUAGCAAUGCUUAUUCAUCUAUGGCAGAUAUGCCUAUAAGCCCAGCAUCAGUGGCUUCCAGUGGUCAUUUCCCCUUUACUGGAUCAGAGAUACUUGAGAUGGGAGUAGAUACAUCUGCCCUUGACACAGCAUUUCCAUCUCAUUUUGCAAACUCAGCAGGGUUGCAACUCCCCUCAGAUAAUUGUGCUGGAAAUUCUCUAUCCUCGGGUCAGUUUCCUUGGAUGUUCAGUUUUUCAGACCUAACAGAAGACUUGCCAAACUUGGAAGCAGAUCUAGGAGAUCUCGGAAAUUACCAUGGCUCAACUUUUUUGCAUUCUGGUUCAGAUAUUCUACUUGAUUCACCCGAGCAAGAGGACUUGGUAGUAGACGAGUUCUUUGUUGAUUUCGGCUCAGGGCCAACAUGUCCUCAAACUGAUGAAGAGAAACCAUAGCUUAUGUUGGUGUUUUCCAGAUUCGUUGAAGUCCUGAAUUCCCAGAGAAAGAGAAAUCAAAACACCAAUCAACAUUACUUGCGGCGGUUAGAUUCUCAGACUUGAUUAUCUGGAAAAAGAUAUUUUUGCCCGGUUAUUUCAGUAGUAUCCAAAUUUUCUUAGUAACACGGCAGUCAAAAACCAUUCAUUGUUUCUAUUUCUAUGCUUUACCAUAGGUAUUGAUUGAAAUCAACUAGAAAUAGCUGAAUGUGCUAAUGCAGUUUUGCUUUCUGCAACUUCUGACAAUAGAUGGUAUAUUUUGCUCUUUUAAUACAAAUACUUGUGGAACAUAAGCCUUGAACAUAAA